GAGACCAAAUAAACAAACGCGCAGCCGCAAAACCACAUUCAGUUUCAAUUGGAACGCUGCGCGUGCGCCGUGAAUAAAAUUUCGCGCGCUCCGCUGAUUUUUUAAACGUCUUUCGUUGUUUACCAAAUAUGUUUCACUAAGCUGCAUUCGAACAGGAUUUCAGGCAGUAAUAAAUAAACAAAAGUGAUAAACAAUCGAAACAAUGCGGAUCCCCAAGGGAAGAUUGACCAGCUGGUUGCUGCUAAUACUGGCAUUUGCUUUCACACUCCCAGCUUUGUGUAAAGCCACUGGCUCAACCCAAAUGCCGGGCCACGCUCGAGGUGGCCACAGCAGCAACAGUAGCAUUGGUGAUUCUGAGCUCAGUGCCUCCGAGCGGAGUCGACGCCUCAUACCCUACAUGGCUUUCUAUUUGCCCGCCCCGGAGUUGCCCAUUAAUCAGCAGUAUGUGGCCAAGCACUCAUCGUCCGCCGGCGGAUCCCAGCUGCAGGCACCAUCGCCUGGAAGGAUCCCAGUGCCUGUAGCCUACAUGCCACAGCACCAGCAGAAGCAUCAUGCCCACUCGCACCUCCAUGGACCGCCUCAUCCGCCCCCACCAGCGCCGCACUAUCAAUCGGGAGCAGGCGAAGUCUACCAUAGUCUGGCCAUUGGUGGCCACCAGCAUCCUCAUCCCCAUCCGCACUCCCACCCGUCAGCUGGCCAUGCCAAGGAGCAGCACCCACACUCUGAUUCGGGUGCCACGUUUAUUGCCUACAAACCAUUGAAUCCACCGCACAAGCACAAGACGGUGCAGCACUUUCCACCGCUCCCGCCGUCACCUCCGCCACCAUCGAAGGAGCAAGUUCAGCAACCACAGCACCACCUCCACCAGCAACACCAGCACCAGCACCACCAACAACAGCAGCAACAGCAACCAGUGCAAUUCGAGAUGCUAUCACCGGGCUUGGUGGCAUCAUCCCAGUUGCAACGCCAGCGAGGCAAACAAUCAAAAAUCAAUUUAACGCCGUUUACAGCGCAGAACACAUUGCCGGGACAGUUUAUACCCAUUAUUUAUACGCCAGUGAGCAGCAAGCCGGGCUCCUCCAGUGCCAAUUACAAUAACAUCAAUAACAACAUGAAGCAGCCGGCGGCGGUGGGCGCUGAAAUAGUGUUCCAAGCGGCGCCACAUAAAAAUCCCCAUCAAACACCAAUCGCCGCGGAUUAUGCAGCAGCUGGAGUCUCCGCCGAACAGACUGCCUCAUCGGCGGCUUCUUCCUCCGAAGAGGAGUCGGAGAAGGAGCCAAAAGGUCCGCCAGUACAGCAAGAGGAUCACUCAUCCCAGGAGGAGCUGGCGGUGGUCCAAGUGGAGGAGCAACAGCAGCAGCCUCAGCCGACACCAAGCAUUGGCUACGUCUCCGUUUCGGUUCCCGAUUCCGAGCCUAGCUCAGUCACCGCCACCACAUCCUCUAAAACUGCAUUGAUAAUACAUCAAAAGUCGCCGGCUUUCGGGCAUGUAAGUAAAUACGAAAGCUACUUCAACAUGGCCCCACCCUCGACCAGCGGCCACCAUCAUCCUCAUCCGCAGCAACAGCAGCAGCAGCAUCCGCAACACCUGACGCCCCAGGAGAAAUACGUGCUUUACUUACAACAGCGCAUGAAACACCAAAAACAUCAGCAACUGCUGCAACAGCAACAGCAGCAGCAGCAGCAACACCACCAACAGAAUUACGACUUCCCACAUCCGGUGGUGCCAGCACAAAGCAAUACUCUGGCCACUGGCAGCCACCAUCCUCCAUCCACUCAUCUGCAUCCCCAACAGCCUCCGGUUCACCAGCACCACCAUCCCCAGACCACUCACCAUCAUUCACACAAGUAUGACACCCUUUAUGCAAGGCCGGAUGCGACUGCCGGUCAGCAGGUUCUCCACAUUCCUCUACGGGCCCUCAUGGCCCAUGUCCAAGAGUCCCAGUCGCAGGCCGAGUCGCAAGCGCAACCGCCGCGACAAGAGUUUAUAAAGGAUGAACCACUCGGUUCCCCAGCACCGCCCCAGCAGUACAUCGAUUAUUUAAUAGACGGUCCCAGGCAGUCCCUGGAUGAGGACCAACAGCACGAGCGUCCUUCGGCGCCCCAGCCACCGCAGCAUGCUUACAUCCUGGUGACCACGACGGCGCCGCACAUCGAACACCAACCUGCACCGCAGUUGCACCACGAUAUUUCCACUCCGCGUCCCCCCGUCCUUUACAAGCAGCAACCCACUUUGCGACUGCAGCCGGUACACAACUACAAGGCCACCAGACGACCCAUUUAUGUGACCACGCCCUCGCCAGCAGCUGCGCCCACUCCCAGUCACACGGUUGAGAUUACGCCCAAAUAUGUUUACGUUUCCGGAAAGCCACCGAAUGGACCACAAAAUGAGCUCGCCAGCAGGGAGCCCUCGACGCACACGCCCAUUAAACUGAAACCGGUCUACAAGUACGCCCACGAACGGCCUCCACUGACACCAGCCUACGUUCCAGAGGACGAGGAUCAGUUGCCCGACAUCCGUACCUCAUCGCUGGCCGAGAUCCUGCACAAGCUCCAAGCGAGCAACCAUCUGCCCCAGACCCUGACGCCCGACAACAUUGACAACUCCAUCAAGACACUGAUACGCAUUCUGCAGAACCUCAAGCAAACCCAGACGAUAGUGCCCAAUCCUCCGCAGCACCACGAAGAGCACAAGCACAGCUCCCAGGAUUAUGACUACAAUACAGGGAGUGGCGAGGAUCAUCCCGCAACGUCCACAGGCUCAGAAGAGAUAACCGAGGCAGUGGUUAAACUAAAAGGACCAAAUAAACAUCCUGGACCGAGUACGGGAAGACCUGGCAUCGAUUAUCCCAACUACGCCGAGAUCCCAAAGACGAGUUUCGAGUGCACUCAGCAACGCUACAAGGGAUUCUUCGGCGACCCAGAGACCAAUUGCCAGGUGUGGCACUACUGUGAUCUUAACGGAGGAAAAGCCUCUUUCCUUUGUCCCAACGGAACCAUUUUUAGUCAGAUUGCUCUGACCUGCGACUGGUGGUUCAAUGUAAAGUGUUCAACCACUCCCCAACUUUAUGUUCUGAACGAAAGACUCUACAAGUACAUACUGCCCUUUAACCCCAAGUUCCCAGAGGACUACAAUGGACCCAUUGUGGAUAAAUACCUUGCAAUGAAGUUUCAGGAAAUGGAAGAAAAGAUGCGUCAGGAGAAGCAGCGAAAGGCAUCCCAGCAGGCGGAGAAACCAGCUGAGGCCUCGUCCACUCCCUCGCUUCCCAAGAAUCACAAGCCUGAACCGAAACACGGCAGUGGAAUAAACGCCCAAGUCUACGAACAGAGCUCUGAAAAAAAUCUACUAAUCGAUGAUGAAAUAGAUGAUAUUUCGGAGCGGGGAACCUUCGAUACCUACGACCAAUCGGCGCCAACCACCAUCAUGGCACCCACGAGCACCCAGGACACCAAGACCUAUGUGCUGAAACCCAUCGUUGUGUCGUCCACCCCCCAGCCGCUGCCAGAAGUGGACUUCGAGAUAGAACCCACGGCGCCGGAGAGCAGCGAGGAAGAGGACAAGCUUCAGAGUCUGCGGGAGACCAAGGCGGCUGACAAAAAGGAGCGGGAAACCACGAAAGUAAGCGUGGAAAAGCUCGAGGUUAUUGAGAUUAAGACCGAUGGCAAUACAGGACAACUGAUGCCCAUCAAGGGCAGCAGCAAAUGAGCAACCAGUGGAUAAAAUAAAAUAAGAAAGCUUGCCAUAUUUGUAAUGUGAAAUUUGCGUGUGCGUUGGUUGUACAUCCCUAAAUUAUUUUUAGCGAGCAAGUACUGUAAAUAGCUAGCUGUAAAUGCAAUCUUAUACAUACCUAUAGCAAUAGUGAAAUAAAAUGUGACUAGUAAGUAAAUAAAUUGUUCAACUCA